GCCUAGCAAACGGGCAGAUCGCACGCGGGCUCAGGUGGUCCCCCUCGUCUGUUAUGCCGCAGGAGACGAGUGGCGGCGAACCGUGCACAACUUGCUGGCGGUCGGCUGGCUGCUUAUACGACCUCACAGACUCCAGUGUUUCGGCAGCACCUGUGACGCACAGUAGUACCAAUGACCUCCCGACUGUGACGAAGUGACUUCAGUGUACGCGCUAGUGGCUACAUUGACAAGUGUCUCGUGAGACAUCAAGUGUACCUCGGACUCUUUACAUCUGCUGUCUGGAAGCCGUUGCUACUGAAGUCCGUGGUCCUCUGUUGUGAAGCUUUGGCUCUCGUCAGCCAUGUGGUGGUCUGUCAGUUUGUGGUUUACCCUCUCGAUAUCGACCGUCGCCAUUGUUCUCCUGUACGCGUACCUCUCGUCGGUAAAAAACCACUGGAAGAGACUCGGCGUGGCGUACGUCAGAGGAGAGCUGUUAUUCGGCAACGCCCGCCGCAUGCUCUUCGCCCAAGAGGCGAUGCCCGCCUUUUUCCACAGGAUUUACCAACAGCUCGGCGACGUGCCCUACGGAGGAUUCCACAUGAUGCUCACGCCGUGCCUCAUGAUGAAGGACGUGAGACUCAUCAAUAGAAUCCUGGUGGCUGACUUCGCCCAUUUCAGCAACAGGUUCAGUCCUGAGAGCGUGGAGGUGGACCCGCUGGGACAGCACCUGUUCGGCAUGGGCGCCGCCCUCUGGAGGGAGAUGCGGCCCCGGAUGUCGGCUGCCUUCUCCGUCACCUCCUGCCGGCGCGACUUCUUCCUGGUGCGGCUCUGCUGCGACCGCCUCCAGCUCUUCGUGCAGGAGGCCCUGCAGGGCCGCACCAGCCGCGACUUCGACCUCAAGGACCUGCUCGCGUCCUUCACCACCGACGUCAUCGGCAUGAGCGCCUUCGGCAUCGAGUGCGGAGCUAUCGACGACCCUCACUCGCAGUUCCGGCGUAUUAGUGGUAUGAUUCUUCCGCAUUCGAAGAAAGAGAUUAUCGGCGCGAUGCUGGCCUUUAUGCUUCCAAGACUCGGGGCUGUACUGAGAGUGAAAUACUUCAGUUCCACGGUGGCGGAGUUCUUCGAUCGUAUAGUCCUGGAAACGAUGGAUUACAGAAAGAAGAACAACAUUCGUCGGGAGGAUCUGGUACAUUUUAUGAUGGAACUGAAAGAUCAAGGUUUCACGUCUGAGGAAAGCUGCGAAAAAAUAGAGGUGACUGACAACUUGGUGGUGGCGCAGCUGCUGUUGGCGUUCACUCUUGGAUUCGAGAUGACGUCGUCGGCUAUGAGUUUCUGUCUGCACGAGCUGUCCACCAACCCCGUGCUGCAGACACGCGCCCACAAGGAAGUGGACGCGGUUCUCUCCCGCCAUGGGGGUGAGAUCACCUACGACGCCAUCCAGGAGAUGACCUAUAUGGACCUGCUAGUGGCAGAGACGCUGCGGCUCUACCCGCUGCAGUCAUACCUGAUGCGGCAGUGCACGCAGACGUACCGGGUACCGGACAGUGCGCUGGUGGUGCAGCCGGGCACCAUGGUGUAUGUGCCGGUGCUGUCGCUGCACCGGGACCCCCACCACUACCCGGACCCACUGCGCUUCGACCCGCAGCGCUUCGCCGACAACCAAGGCGGUGCCACAGGCGCCCCUUACUGGCCGUUUGGCGAUGGUCCCAGGGCCUGCCUGGGACAGAAAUACGCACAGGUGGUGGUGAAGGCGGGCCUCGCGACGCUGCUUUCGCGCUUCGAGUUCCGGCCGUGCCCGCGUUCCUCCGGCCGGCCGGCAGAGUACGAGCCGCACAGGAUUCUGGCCUCCCCGGCUGGUGGGCUAUGGGUCCGCAUCAUUCCCAGGCCGUGGCUGCCAAUGCACUGAGGGCGGCCUGCGCUCCACACCUGCGGGCGGUGCUCCUGGCCAGCUCGUGGUCGUGCCCGUGAAUCCAUUGCAGCACGGAACACUUCGAGACUCACAGGUGGUCUGUGGAUCAGUCCCAUGUCCAUUUCGUUGGUGUUUCUACGGUAAAGACAGGCCACACUUCGUAUCAAUGUCGUCAUACUUAAGAGUUCCAGUUGCACACGAGAUUUCUGGAAGGCCAAUGGAAUUAGAGCCCGCCAGUAUUCAAUGCCCCCCCUCCCCCCCUCCGCUUCCACUCCCCCUACAGACGAGCUUUUGGGCCCCUGUCAGCCGCAGACGACGGCUGUUUCUCAACCGAAAAUGGGUCACACUUCAUACUGCAUCAGGCGGCUCUUCCUGGACAUUUGGACCUCGAGGUGUGCCUGAGUAAUGUGCGAGGCCGAUGGACUUCGAGCUGCUGGCGACCUAUGUGACCGUGUAAUCCACAAGCCAUGGCUGGAUCUUAUCACAGUAGGGGCUCAAAACAGCUUUGGGGAAUCCGAAGGUAACGAGGGCGGUUCAAUAAAUACUCGUCUUAGGAAUGAACGCGCCAUUGUAGCGAAGCAUUUACUCCUUUCAGUAUCUUCCAUUGACGAAUGUACACGUUUCCCAACUCCUGUGCCGUUCUCAGAAUUCUAGUAAAAUAGAAUUAAGUUAUCUAAAACACAAGCGUCUCUGUCUUGAUGGUGCUGUAGACUUUGAACUGAAUUUAUUACCUACACGAAAUUCAUUCAAUAGCAAGAUCAAGUUAUCCGUUGGGUGAGUAUGUGGAUGGAGGAGAGGGGGAGGGCAAGGUGACUGUCAACAAUUCAAAACCAAUUGGGCGGGCUUUCGGUGCCCACUUCGAAAGUUGAAGCUGGCGCUUGGUCUUUGUGCGAAAAGUACUUUCUUCUUUGAAAAAGUAGUUCGUUUUUGAAGGAAAUUCAGGAAUAUAAUGCCCCCUCCCCCUCCCUCCGCAACGCAAGCAAUCGUCCCCAAACUUAUCCAACCGACGAGUCUGCCUUUACUUUCAUUUAGGCUGACUCAUCGGAAGUUGUUUGCUUCGACUGCUCUUUGGUCCGCGGGGUAAAAUCAUGACUUCAAGUAUCGUCGCCGGUGACAGCUCGACGCAAAAUGUCCUCCUGGUCUCACUUAAACGUUUCAAAACGCAGCUUCGAAGUGGAAAGCUGUCGAUUGUCGUCCACUACAGCUAAUCGCGCCGUACGUAGGCCAGUCAAGUGAGUUCAUUUUCACCGUGUCGUGUAUAAUGUUAACCACAGCUGCCGUGGACAAACUUAUGGUCUGUGCUACCUCGUACACUCUCUCUCUGAAUGAUCAGCAAGACUUUUCAAUGAUUUGUUUGACAGCUGUGUCUACAGAGCUUCCUGAGAUGUUCGACCACCUUUAAAUACGUUGAAGCAAUACAAUCAUUUUCGCUGAUACGUAAGGGUCACCAUAAAGAGCAUAUUAGAUCAGCUUUAUAUCAUCACACGUUCUGCGCUAUUAGUGAAUUACUGAAUGACACUACAUCUGGACCAGAACGUUGUUAUCACCAUUUACUGAAAUGACUGUCAAAUGCAAACAAACUAAUGAGCCAGAUUAAUUUUUGUUUUCGCCACCUGUGAUGAUUCCGACACGAGCUAGCUUUAGAAACAGCACAUCUCUUGAAACACUCGUAAUUCCUGAACCGCCCAAGUGGAUCCAUGACACGCCACUGAGGUAUAAUCCAUUCCUCAGACGCUUCUGUUGAUGUGUGUUUGUCGUCUGGUAACGAGGUUGCAUGGCAAGAUAAGGAACGGAUCGUGAUCACACGAAAGAUAAACCAUCUUCGUGGUUGAACAACCAUACUCAUGUACCAUAUUACUGGACCUUGACCAAUAAACUUUUAUACCCAGUGCUAAUCACACUACUCGUAAACAGAAUUGACGAAGUUCCUUUCCAUUUGUCGUUCCUCUGAAUGAAAACUGUACAUAUUAAAGAAAACGUUAUAAAAUCGAA